UCUUAUUAGUAUCUUUACUCUUUAGUCUCGCCGUAUGAGCCGUCGAGGCUGUGACUGAGGGCUGUAAUCUGAAAUAUACUAAAACAUUAGUGCAUAUAAUUUUGGCCAAAAAACCGAUAUUCUAAAUUACUUUAUUGAAAUUCUAACUGCUUACAAUGGUUCUCGUGUCAAAAGUGGGCAGAGUAAAAGCUCUAUGGAGGCAAGGAUGGACUGAAAUACCUGAGGUAAUGGCAAGCAGUGGAUUAGCAGUUUUUGGAAUUUGUAUCGCCUUUUGCUCUUAUCUAUAUAUAGACAGAAAUUACGGGUGGACUGAAAAAUAUAAGACAAGAUAUAUGGUUAUAAGACCAGAUGAUCCAAGAGCAAAGAAGAUACAAACUUAUUCUAGCUUGGAUUGAUCAUGUUAAAAUUUUGAAUAUUAUUUGUAUAUAAACAAUGAAUAAAUAAAUAUAGUAAAGAAUGUUAUUGUGAAA